UUCUUCACGCCGGUCCUAUCCGCGCGCCGGUAGGAACAGUCCACCGCCUUAAAGAAGCCUCCUCACCAGCCAUACUUCCCAUUGCCUCCAGCUGUUGCACGGAGGUUUCACAUCAUAUUUCCAGAAGGCUCCUGGAAAGAGUGAAUAUGUGUCGCAUCCAGAGAGCUGAUGGGGAUUGUGACUUGGCUGCUGUCAUCCUUCAUGUCAAGCGCAGAAGAAUCUGUGUCAGCCCGCACAACCAUAUUGUUAAGCAGUGGAUGAAAGUGCAAGCUGCUAAGAAAAAUGGUAAAGGAAAUGUUUGCCACAGGAAGAAACACCACGGCAAGAGGAACAGUAACAGGGCACAUCAGGGGAAACACGAAACAUACGGCCAUAAAACUCCUUAUUAGAGAGUCUACAGAUGAAUCUACAGAGACAAUUCCUCAAGUGGACUUGGCCAUGAUUGGUUGUAAGUUUAUCAUCUGAAUUCUCCUUAUUGUAGACAACAGAACAAAACAAAAUAUUGGUUUUUAAAAAAUGAACAAUUGUGCAGUAUACAAAUGUAGCCAAUAAUAUACUCAACUGGAAAAUGAAAUGAAAAGAUAAUACUAGCUGGGUACGGUGGUUCACUCCUGUUAUCCCAGCACUUCGGGAGGCUGAGGCAGGAGGAUCGCUUGAGGCCAGGAGUUUGAGACCAGCCUGGGCAACAUAGCAAGACCUCAUUUCUACAAACAAAAAAAAAAUUAGCCCAGCAUGGUAGUACUUGCCUAUAAUCCCAGCCACAUGGGAGGCUGAGGUGGAAGGAUCACUUGAGUCUGGGAGAGUUUGAGGUUGCAGUGAGCAGCCUGGGUGACAGAAUGAGACCCUGUCUCAGGGCCGGGCACGGUGGCUCACGCUUGUAAUCCCAGCACUUUGGGAGGCCGAGGCAGGCGGAUCGCGAGGUCAGGAGAUCGAGACCACGGUGAAACCCCGUCUCUACUAAAAAUACAAAAAAUUAGCCGGGCGUGGUGGCGGGCGCCUGUAGUCCCAGCUACUCGGAGAGGCUGAGGCAGGAGAAUGGCGUGAACCCGGGAGGCGGAGCUUGCAGUGAGCCGAGAUCGCGCCACUGCACUCCAGCCUG